AUGUACUAUAUUCACUUUUAUUCGAUGUUCUGCCUUCGAAGACGCAACAAGCUAUGCUCGCAUUCGUUCCCAGCUUAUGCUGAGUCAGCUCCAGCGGCCCACUCCUAUCCCGUUCAGCGAAAUCUACCCCACCUCCCGCCGCCGUACCCAAUAGAGCCGCUAUCGUGUCCAAUCAAUUAUUACCCUGCCAAUGUGUACGGACAAGGCCUGGAAGGCGCUAUGAAUGAACUCGAUGUGAGAAUAACGAAUGGGCUAGACGGCCGAAGUCACUACAACGCUGUACGGGAUUCGUCUAUACCUCCCCCACCGGGUGCUGUUAUGAUUCAGACACUUCAGCCUACAGCUCCUCCUUAUCCAGAGUAUUUUGGAGCAGAUAACAUGCAUCUUACCCAACAACAAUACAUGUACCCGAGGCUAUCGGCCAACGACCAAGAGUAUGCAGAUCAGCUGCGAGCUGUGCAAAAAUUCUCCUUUGACCACGAAUACCUUUCCUAUUCCUAUACUGCCAGGGAUGAUGUUCCCAACUAUUCCAACAUGUACAUCGACUUGCCUUUGAACUCGUCAUCAUCAGCUAUUUGUGCUGUUUGUUAUGCUUAUAUAAUUCUCUACGUAUGGAAGAUGAGCCAUUUAUACAAAGUCGAUGCUACGGAGAAUAGGAAACGGAUCAAGGAAUACAGGUUCGACAUAUACUUUCUGAUUCGAGGGUCAGCACACUGGUUUAUGCAAGUUCAUCACGCACGGAUCGUAGGCCUAGAACUAACCUCGUCUCACCAUUGCAAAAGUGGUAGAUGA